UGCGAUUGCACGUCUGUCUGUCAAGAGUUGUCCGCCCUCAGGCGUGAAACGAAAGUAGAGAUAUUGUAGAGGUAUUGAAAACAACCAGAUAACGUCAUGUGAUCGACAAUGAAAAUCACAGGGACUCUAUUAUUUUAAUGUCUGUUGUGUUAUUGCGCUAGAAAUUGAACCCAAAUAUUUUCUAUGAUAUCAGAUAGAAAUGUCAGGGACAGAAUCCACUGAUGAGGAAAUAUCUCUGGAGGAAUCACUGUUAUUGUGCUCAAGACGAGGACAAGCCAACAUUAUACGUGACAUAUUACAGAGUAAAAAGGAAGGCAAAGUUGAUCUUGAUAUUAACUGUAAAGGUUCACAGAAAGCAAACAGAGGAUGGACCCCGUUGCACCUGGCAUCAUACUUUGGUCAUCCAGAGGUAGUCCAGAUACUUUUAGAGUAUGGUGUAUCAGUAAAUGUAGUAAACAAUGUUGGGGACACAGCUUUACACAAAGCAGCUCACACUGGCAGACUGGAUGUGGUGACUUUAUUGUUGCAACAUGGGGCUGAUGUUUCAAUUAUUAAUGCUGAAGGAAGCACUGCCAAGUCACUUGCCAAAACUCCGGAAAUCCAAAGACUUAUUCGGGCUGCAGAAGAACAUGAUGCUAGUCGACUGGAAGAGGAGUUUAUAUCAUCUGUCAGACUGGGACAGAUAGAACAUAUAGAACAUCUAAUGUUGGAUGGAAGAUUUAAUGGGAAGAUUAAUUGUCAGGACAGUUUUGGGAAUACAGCAUUACAUGUGGCAGCUCAGGCAGGGCAGAAAGAGGUAGCAGUGUACCUAUUGCAACAGGGGCUAGAUACAGGCACAAAAAAUAAACAAGGAUUUAUACCAGCUGAGGUAGCCAAAACAGAACAAAUGAAACAGUUACUUCAUGUCAAACCAAAGAAAGAUGUCAUAAAAAUACCGGCUAGAUAUGAGGGACUUCUUAUAAAGAAGAAGUUUGUGAGAAGUAAACCAUUGUGGGUUGUAUUAGAGAGAGGGGUACUGUCUUAUUUUCAUAACAGAGGGGAUGCUUCAACAGGCAGUAAAAGGCGGGGAAUGAAAUACCUUGAUAAUGCUCAUUUAAUGGUGUCAGAGGAAAACAGUUAUGAUUUUAUGAUAAGAUUUUCUGAUGGAACAAACCACAAAUUGGGUGUUGAUCCUGGAGCUAAGGAAGUGCAAGUGGGCCGGGAUCCAACCACAGGAGAAAUAGUAACAAGACAGAUGUGGAUCAAUUCAUUAAAAGAACAUAUAAACUACAAUACCCACUAUAUACAUAAAGGUGAAAUGUUGAAGACAGAGUCAUUUGACCAGCUAUCUGUUGUCACUAUGCAGACUGCCCUUCAGGAGGCACAAGCCCAUCAAGAUGUGCUGGACUCUCAUGUAUCACAAUUGUGCAACUACCUCACACGAUCUCAACAAACAUCUAAACUUGUGACAGUAACAGACAAUGAUGGAAAUGUUGUGCAUUUAGAGGAAGAACUACAGAAAACAGUAAAAUAUUCCCAGGAUAUGUGUUCAUCCUUAAACAAGUGUCUUAAUGUUUAUACUCAGGAACAAGAGGAGAGAGAGAAAUUACUACAUGAGGAGAAAGAAAAGAAUCGAGUGUUACAGGAGGCCUUGCAUGCAUUAGCAAUAGAACAUCAUGAGCUGGAGAGAACAUAUUCACAUAAUAUACGAGCCAGAAGUUUCUCCAUAGAUGAUGAUGAAUUUUUUGACUGUGAUGAUUUGGAUGAAGAUGUUGAUAUUCAUCUUCCAUUAUCACCAACUACACGUUCAAUGAUGUCUGAUAACUUGUCAUUUAAGUCUUGCCAGGUUGAUUUAGAGGGUGGAAACAGAGGGCGUGUUUCACCUUUGUCCUCAAUCUUCCAUUACCAUGUACAAUUAGGUGGCAGGAAAGAGCUACCUAAAGAGAUGUUUGACAGAAAUGACUUCAGUUUUUGGAGUAUACUGAAACAAUGUAUAGGAAAGGAAUUGUCAAAGAUUACGAUGCCAGUAGUGUUCAACGAACCUCUUACAUUCCUACAGCGAAUCACUGAGUACCUGGAAUACUCAACAUUAAUUAACACAGCCUCUAUGCAAGAUGAUCCAGCUGACAGAAUGAUGUAUGUAGCAGCCUUUGCAGUUUCUGCUAUAUCAUCUAACUGGGACAGGAUCGGAAAACCUUUUAAUCCAUUAUUAGGAGAAACUUUUGAACUUAAUAGACCUGACUUGGGCUUUCGACUGGUAACAGAACAAGUGUGUCAUCAUCCACCAAUCAGUGCUUUCCAUGUGGAAUCUGAUGUGUUCAAAUUUCACGGGUCCAUUCAUCCAAAAUUGAAAUUUUGGGGUAAAUCUGUAGAGAUUAACCCAAAAGGAGUGAUUACGUUAGAGUUACUCAAACAUGGUGAAAUUUACACCUGGCAGAAUGUAAAUUGUUGUGUACAUAAUGUGAUAGUAGGAAAGAUCUGGAUUGAGCAUACUGGGGUAAUGGAAGUAAUUAAUCAUAAAACCAAACAUAAAGCUGUGUUAAACUUCAAACAAGGGGGCUGGUUUGGUAAAGAUCUGCAUAAAGUUGAAGGAUUUGUUUAUGACUUCAACAAACAGAAAGUGAAGUCACUAUAUGGGAGUUGGGUGUAUGAUUUGUUUGGAAUAGAUAAUUCUAAAUAUGAGGAAUUUCUCAGUUCAAAACCAAUUAGCCCAAAACACACAGUAUCUGAAAAUGGAAACAAUGACUCUGAGGUGGAGGACAACAUUCCCACACACCAUUUUUCUACAUUUAAUCUCAAUAUACCAGAUCAGGUAGUAUUAUGGAGAGCCACUCCUCGUCCUGAGAAAUCCGAUAAGUAUUUCAGUUUUACAGCAUUUGCUAUAGCAUUGAAUGAGUUAAAAGAUUUUAUGCUGGACACAUUACCUCCCACAGAUUCCAGGUUACGUCCUGAUGUAAGAAUUCUAGAGGAAGGAAAUAUAGACUUGGCUGGGGAAGAAAAGAACAGAUUAGAGGAGAAACAAAGAGCUGCAAGAAGGGAGAGAAAGAAAAGACGGGAUGAAUGGACACCACAGUGGUUCAAGCUUGAAAGACAUCCAGUUACACAGAAAGAAGACUGGUUAUAUACAGGGAAAUACUGGGAUAAAGACUGGACAAAAUGUCCUGACAUCUUCUGAUGUAGACAAAUACAUUAGAUGGAAAUAAAAACAAACGCAAUCAUUGAAUCUUCAGUGCAUACAGUCUGAUUGGUGGAAUGUUUUCAAAUAUGGAAAAAAAAGACAACGUGGAUUAUCAUAUCAUGACAGAAAUGGGAAUUUUCUUAUGUUGGAAAAGAUCUUCAUUUUUGGAUUGUAACAUAUUUGAUAGAACAAUUUACAUGUAGAUUUUGUAAUUAAUGUAAUUAAAACCCUCAUAAGAAUAGUUUUUUUGUUUUAAAAAAUCUAAUCUAUGAAUAAUUAUCAUAAAUUUGAAAAGCACCAUUUUUAUUGCAGGGAAUCAUUCUUGACUUUUGAAACUAUUGUAAAUAAGUAAUUAGCAGACAUAGCAGAAAAUAGCAGAAUAUUGUUUAGUUAAGCUUUUAUGGAUGGAUGUUUAUAUAGCUAGUGUUUCCUAUAUCAUAUCAAUUUUAUCAGUGCUUAGGGAGUUUUUAGCUAGACUUUUUCAAAGAAAAAAAAUAUAGCUAUUGCUACAGUCAUGUUGUCUUUGCUGUCCGAAAACUUUUAAUGUUGGUCAUAAUUUUUUUUUAUUUCUCGAUGGAUUACCUUCAAAACAACCUUUGGACAAUACUUUCAAGUUGACCAGACUAACCUAGACAUUCACUAAAAAUUGACCUUGACCUUCAAUUUGAUUUUUGCUAUAAUUGGCUAUAAAUGUAUUAAUGGAUAGCUUGUCUCCAUACUUGGACACAAUAAUCCUGAGGACAAGACCUUUAUGAGUAACAAAUUAAUUAUGGCCAUUACUCAAAAUAAACCUUGACCUUGAAGGUCAAUUAAUUGAAUUUCGCUAUAAUUGGUUAUAACUUUUGUUAUUUAUGAAUGGAUGUUCUCAUAUUUGAGCACAUCUUCCUGAAGGACCAUGUCUUAAAAUAGAUCAAACCCAAUUUGACACUGACUUGUAAAUUAACUUGACGGUCAAAUUUUUAUAAUUUCAGUUUUUUUAGCUCACCUGAGCAUAUGCUCAGGGUGAGCUAUUAGGAUCACUCUUCGUCCGUCGUCUGUCGUCCGUUGUCCGUUCACACUUUUCAAAUGACAUCUUCUCUGAAACCAUAAGGCAGAUCAUAAUGAAACUUCACAGGGAUGUUCCUUGUGUGAAGCCUUAACAAAGUUGUUCAAAGAAUUCCAUUCCAUGCAGAA